GCACGGCGGCGGCUGCCAACAUGGCUGCGCCCAUGGCGGAGGGGCCCCGCGGCUGAGCUGCCGUACGGGCCCCGCGGCCGAGCAUGGACGUGCUGUUCGCGCUGCUGCGCGGGCUGCGCCUGCUGCUCGACCUGCUGCUGCUGGUGCUCGACCUCAACUUCUUCCUGGUGUCCUCGCUGGUGUCCGCGCUGCUGUGGCUGCUGGCCGCGGCCUCCAGCCUGCCCGCGGCCGCGGCGGGCGCGGCGGUGGCGUGCUGGGAUGCGCUGGUGCUGGUGCGGGGGUGCUGCGGGGCCAUGGAGGCCGCGCGGGCCGCCGGGCACCUGGCGUCGCACCUGGCGCUGCGGGGCCGGGAGCUGGCGCAGCGCGGGCUGGGCGCCGUGCUGGGCUGCGGGCAGGCGCUGGGCCGGCAGCUGUGCGAGGCGCUGGCCAUCGGCACCAGCCUGCUGAUGUACCUGGUCAACAGCCUGGUGAACGUGUGCCUCAUCGGCACGCAGAACCUCUUCACGCUGCUGGCCGCGCUCUGGGACUCGCUGGUGGGGCCCGUGGUUCGGGUCACCGACCUGCUGGCCGCCUUCCUGGCGCACGUGUCCAGCGGAGCCAUCGCCGUGUCCAUCCUGCUGUGGUCGCCCUGCCAGAUGGCCUUCGAGCUGCUCUGCUCCGCCGCCGACCUCUUCAUCAGCGUCUUCUUCGUCAAUGUGUACGGCCUGGGCCUGCUGCUGCUCCUCGUGGCGGUGGGCGCCGUGGUGUUCAACCCCGGGCUGCUGUGGACGCUGACGGGAUACCUGCUGGGCUACCUGCACACGCUGCCCUCCUUCCGCCGCCUGCAGCGCGACCUGUGGCGCCUCUACCAGGUGGCCGUGCUGACCCUGGGCGUGGCCGUGACCUCGCAGCCCUGGCGCAGGCUGGUGGACUGGAUCCUGCAGGUGACCGACUGGAGCCUGCAGGUGACCAGCUGGAGCCGGGGAGGCAGGAUGGUGAACCAGGGCAGCGAGCAGCGACGGGCUGCGGCUGCCCCCAGAGCCCCGGCCAGGGUCGCCCCGGCCGAGCAGGAGGAGCAGGCGGGUGCAGAGCAGGGGCCACAGCCCCGUCCUGCUCUGAGCCGUGCUGGGCCAGGGCAGCGUCCCCAGACAGCCAGGGAGGAGCCAGGCACGUCCUGGUGGAGACCCCCAAGGAAGCAGCAGCUGAACGCUGAGGGAACCCCUGACAACGACCCCUGGGUGCUGCUGAAAGAACAAGAGGAGCGUAAGAAAUGUGUCAUCUGCCAGGACCAGACCAAGACAGUGCUGCUGCUGCCCUGCAGGCACCUGUGCCUGUGCCAGGAGUGCACAGAGGUGCUGCUGCAGCAGGACAUCUACCAGCGCAACUGCCCCCUGUGCCGCCAGGUGAUCCUGCAGACCCUCAACGUCUACCUGUGAGCCCAUGGGGGGCUUGGGCUGUUUUCCCAAGAGAUCAAAGGCACCCCUGUCUGCACUUCCCAGAGCUGCCAGGAGCAGCUUCCAAAGAACUGUGGAUGGUGCUGGAAGUGCAGAACGCUGUGGGGUGUCUGCUGGUCACAUUUGCUGCCUAACUAGGUUGUAGCUCUUGCUAGCAAGCACAAUACUGAUCUCUGCAGCAAGCUGGAAGAGUUACCUGGUUUUUUGUUGACAACUUUUGCUGUUUCAGGGCCUGUUGUCUUGAGCCUACAGCCUGAGAUCCAAAGCAGAGCGCAGAAAAAUGCUCUGGUCCUUCCUAGCCAAAGCUGAUUGAAAGGCUGAAGGCUGUACCCUGCUGGCUAUCACAGGGGGUGGUGCAAGGCAGGGGAGGUCUUUUCCCCAAGGUCUCAGUAGAAAAUUACCUGGCAGGCUGCAUCCAGGCCUGUUUCCUCCUCCCACCACCAAAGUGGAGGAGCUCUGUGGGAAAAGGGAAGAGUGCCCUGUUUGCAAGGCCCAGGGAGAGCAAGGAGCACACUUGAGAUUUUUAGUGUUUGCUGAACCUGGCUCUCACCUGAAGAACAGGGUUUCUGGAGUACUUCAUCACCUCAGUGGCUUUGCUUUUUGAGGGAUCUCACUUGCCAGGACAGCACGGAGCUGUGAUGAACUCGGGCUCCCUGCAGAGCUCAGCGUUGCUGCUGCUUCCACGCAUCACCUAUGCAAGAUUAGUGAGCACAUGUCAGGUUACCUGCACAGGGAGGCUGGAGGGAGUCACUCCUCUGCAGGGCUGGUGGUGCUGGAGGAGUGGCCCCCCAGCCAGUGCUCCCAGCCCUGGCAGCAGCAGCAGCCCAGAUUUGAGCCAGGGCUGGAGAAUCCUCUCCAAAAACCACACAUUUGCAGGCUAAGAGUGCCAUGGAUCAGGGAGGGUCACUCCAGAGCUUGCUGGCUCCUUCCCAGCUGGGCUGGCUAGAGGGAGGAGCUCUUUGGGAGGAGAGGGAGCACCCCAAAGCUUCUGGGAGCUCACAGACAUUCCAGCUCCAGGUGCAGUUUCUGCACAUCCAUGCUGUGGAUCUGCAGUUGUGUGCAUGGAGCAGUAGCAGGACCAUGGAUAUCUUGGAUUAGGGCAGGGCUGUACUGUUCUUUUUUCUUGUUGUCUGUCACCAAUGUAGCUCCUUUCAUUUGAAGUCCACCAAGUGCAUCCCAUCCAGUCUGGGGGAGGCCUGAGAUGGCUCAUCCCAGCUUGGGCAACCAGCACCAUUCCAAUAAAUUGCUGGGCUGCAAGAGGCCCUUGCACUAAAAAGCUUUUCCUUUUCCAGCUGCUUGCCUGAGGUCAGCCACACGCCACAGCCAAUUUUGGCUGGAACCAGAGCAGGGAGAGUCUUGGCUCUGGACUGCAAGCCAAGAGCCUGAGGGCAGCUGGCAUGGUUUUCCUUCUAUUUUCCUUCUUGAUUAGCAAUUUAAGCCAAAACAGAAGGAGCAGAGAGGCCAGACUGCUGGGAGAUGCCUCUGAGCUGUAAACCAGAGCUCUAGCAAGGAGCUGUCUUCUUGUUGAGUGGCUUUGCUCAGAAAGGGCUGGUUGCUCCCACAUUUCCUGGGAGUUGGAAAGAUUCCCUGGGCCAAGUGCUCCUGAGCACUACUGGGUGUCAGAAGGACUCUCAGCUGCUUCCACUCCACUUCAAAGGGAUGCAAAUCUCCCCAUUGCUCAACCACUGGUCCCUGUGCCUCCCCACACACCUCCCUUGGUCAUGUUGGCUCUCUCCAGCCACCAACACUGGGGAGCAGCCAAACCCUCACCAGAGAAGGGAGUGUGAGCCCAGGCUCUUAGUUUGUCCCAGGCACUUGCAGAGGAGUCAGGGAGCUGCACCUGGAGUCACUCAGGAGUGGGAUUGUGGCCACAGGCAGCAGCAUUCCCUUGGGACCAGCUCAUGGAUCAGGGGGUGCAAUGUUCCCUACAUGAGUUACAAUGAUUUACAGCCUGGGGGGGAAAGGAGACCUCCCCAAAACUGCAGUUUGUUCCCUUAACCCCUUUUUUUUUAUGUUGUUAUUAUUAUAGCAGCCACGCUUGUUUGUUUAGGGCCUGUUUGCUGUUUAUAAGAGAAGGCUUUGCCUUAAGUAACUCUUUGCACUAUGUACUAGAUACUGAGCAGAUUAAAAUCUCCUUUACCAAAA